ACUCCUGAGCUGUCCAGGGUGUCCUCCGCCUCUCAACCUUUGACCCCUGGAGACGGGCAUCAACCUCCCCAUGAUCCUGCAAGGCUGAAGGUGACGGGGUGGAACAGGUCACCAGUCCAUCACACCCCAGGAGCAACAAUGAAUCCCGCCUCUCAGCAGGAUUACAGAUGUAGAAGCUGUUAUCACAGCGGGUUUCUCCCAGGAGCAGUCCUACCCACAGUGAAUCUGGUGGAUUUCUGUGGGCAAACAAUCCGAAGAGACGGAAUGAUCGUCAAGUCACACCAGGAAUCCAAAAAGUACUACUUUGUGACCAUGGGAACAGACUGUCACCUCACCAUGCAGGCCAGCUCGCCUAAAGACAAGGUCCAGUUCUACUUUCGCUUCUUCCUAGUCUACAGUUUGCUCAGAGUGGCUCCUUUAAGCCCCGCCCCUCUCGUCCAAGAGUCUUCACGUAGCUCCGCCUUUCUCAACUCAAGACUUGAUCCCACGUCCGGUGGAAGCCCAGAAGACCCGUGUUAUGCCGGCUCCUACCUUCAGUUCUAUGACGGAAGAGACCGGAGCUCCCCAGCUCUUGGGCCGCCUCUCUGCGGGAAGACUGCUCCCCGGCCAGUUCUGUCCACAGGAAACUACUUGACCCUAAGGCUGGUGACGCGGGGGACUCAGCCCAGGGUUGAUUUUGUUGGAGACUUUACCUCCUUCAGACUGGGGUUCAACCAAUCAGAGUGUAGAAGUGAGCCCUACUUCACCUGUAGAAAUGGAAAGUGCAUCCCCGUCAGUCUUGUGUGUGACGAUAAAGACGUUGACAACUGUGGAGAUGGAAGUGACUUGGAGGAAAAUCUGGCAGGCUGCAAAGGUCAGCUUUCAUCCACUGAACGCCCGCCCCAAAUUUCUACACCAACCCUGUCCUUGGUGAGUCUGCCAACCCAUGUUGGUGGGAGGUGUAUGAACUGCAGUGUAACACGCAGCAGUCUGAGGCGGGAGUCAGUAACCGUCUCCUCCUCGUCCUCGUCUCUGCUGGCUUUAUACGUCGUCCUGGGUGUAGUGGCGGGGGGCUUGGUUCUCUGCUGGUGCUGCUGGUCGCCUGCUUGGUUCCUGUGGCGGCUCAGCGUCUGCCGAUUCUUGCCGUGCUGCAAGUCAACCUGCGCCUCCUGCACUUUCUUUCCCUGCAACUGUGCAAACGCCAAGGAACAACGAGUGGCAAAGGUCAGCCCUCACACGCCGGUCAGCAGGAACCCCCCGGACCCAGCGGCCAGCGCCGGCGACAAUCCGUGUUGACUGUUUCGGACCACUUUCCACUUCCUGGUUUGGCGUUCACAGACGCGAUGCUCUGACCAGUGGUCAUGACAGCGAAAAUUUUAUUUUUAGAGGUUGAUCCGAUGAGGUCAAUUUUGCGACACCGACUUUAGCGGAAAGCAGAAGGGCAGUGGGAGCUGGAGAAGCACGGUUUAGUUUUUGUAGCCUGUCCAGCCCUGCAUCAGAAACACCGGGCUUGUUUGAAUCUGUAAUUGAAUUUGUUUCAGCUGCUUUCUUGAGCCACACGUACUUUCCCUCUCCAGAAUCAGCUAAUAGAUUAUUUAAACUCUCGCUAUUCACCUGUUAGUGACAAGAAAACAUCGAAGCAAUAGCAAGACCGGCUCGUUAUUACCUGAUCAUACUCGCAGUAAAACUGCUUAAUCUGAUGUGUUUAUUUGUCCAGCGCUACUCUGCCUCCUUGCUUAUGCAAUAUGGCUGAUCUUUCAACUGGUAAAGCAGGAUAUGGUCUACCUGUGUAGUUUGAAUGUGAACUGUUUUGUUGAACCGUAAUAAAACCAUAUUUAUCCUCAGUGUAGUGUACAAACAUCUCCGGUUCAGCAAAAAUGACUGUGGAGAAGGAAAUUCAGAACAAAACUUUUUGAUUGUUUAAUGAGUUUAUGUCUGUGAAUUGGGUCAGUGCCUUGAGACGACUCUUAUUGUAAACAUGUGCCAUGCAAAUUAAAACAAGUUGAAUUAAAGAUUUAAUCUGAAUGAGGUCAGUGAUCGUUUGCUCCUUUUUUGAAGCCACAAUGCAAUCGAGCAACGCUUCAGUCUCCGGUCUACGGCUUUGUAGACCAGAGACAGAGCUGUAGAGGAAGUAGCCUAAAGCAGCGUGUGGCCUCGUGUGUAAAAGAUUUGUGUACGCUGCUGAAUGCUACAGAUCUGACGUGUUGAUGGCGAACCAACCGUGGAAACAUCCACACAAACCUCGUGACAGCUAGGCUUACUUUGACAGACGCAGAGGCCCAAUUUCAAGACAUUAAAUUAAAGUCAAAUUUCUUUUGAGUCAUAUUUG